AUGACACCCAUUGAGACCGACGAAGAUGUCAGGUCGAUGUUUCAAUGUCAUGUAACAUUAUCUCAAUUACCCAGCAUUGAGAUAUAUGUUCGUCUAGUCGAUAAACUUGAAGAACAACCGAGUCACAAUGAAGAUGUUGAAGAACAACCGACUCACAACGAAAAUCACGGUUAUCCAACGCAAUCUGUACAGUCACACGACUAUGGAAUGAGUCAAGCCAUUGACGAAGAGCCGACUCAAAAUAAUGAACCUUUCAUACCAAAUGAAGAGGUAGGCGAGAAUAGUGAGGAUGAUCUUGAGGAGGUUCGAUUUGAAGAUCUAUUUGGUGUUAGCGAUGACGAUGGCAAUGAGGACAUAUUCGACACACCGACCGUUGCACUAAGAGCGCAACCAAUUAGUUUGUACAACCCACCUGCGCACAUGCAAAACAUAAGUUUGGAUGAUGCUGAACCAAUCUCCGUUUUCGGCAGUUUCAUAUCAACUCACAAUUCUGACGAAAUAGAGGAGGGCAUCGAGUAUGAAGAUAAGGAAGAGUGUGUUCUGGCGUUGCAACAAUGGCAUAUAAAACGUAGUCUAGAUUUUUCUGUGGUUAAAUCUGACAAUGUACGUUUUGUCAUCAAAUGUAGAAAUUCAACAUGCAAUUUCAAAUGCAGGGUCUCUUUGCGCAAGGGCAACUCAAGGUGGAGAGUAGGUAAGUCUAGUGGGCAUCAUACAUGCGCAACCACUUCCAUGUCACAAGACCAUACAAAACUCAGUUCAGAAAUGAUUAGCAAGAGCAUAAUGGAGCUUGUAAAUCAGGACGCUUCUCUUAAGGUGAAGGUUAUCAUCGCUCAUGUUGUUGAGAAAUACAGGUAUAUCAUAUCAUACAAAAAGGCAUGGAUUGCAAAGUGUAAGGCAAUUGAGUCGCUGUAUGGAAAUUGGGAGACAUCUUACAACGAUCUUCCGCAGUGGAUAUUGGUAAUGAAAACAUAUCUACCAGGUACCAUUAUAGAAUUACAAUCCUUACAUGUGAUUUCAAAUGAUGGUUCAUACUUGGGUGACCAAAGGAUAUUUCAUCGUCUGUUUUGGGCGUUUAGACCAUGUAUACGUGGUUUCGCGUAUUGUAAACCAAUUGUGCAGGUUGAUGGAACUUGGUUGUAUGGCAAGUACAAAGGGACUCUGUUGAUGGUUGUGGCACAUGAUGGGAACGGGAACAUAUUUCCGAUAGCGUUCGCAUUGGUUGAAAGUGAGACAAAGGAAGCCUGGAGUUUCUUUCUUAAGAAUUUGAGAAUGCACGUUACCCCCAAGCAAAUCUAUGCCUAA